AUGAAUGCAGAAGGCCUAUCGGAUCUCAAUAAGAUUGUAUACAUUAGUGACGAAUUAUGCCGACUGGGGCUCACUCCCAAGGAAUUCAUUGCCGGAUUCCUCACCAAAGACCACCCACAACUAGUUUACCGGAGACGAUCUUGGGGUACAAAUUAUGGAUCGACAUCAACUUUAAACUUGGUCCAAUUGAUAAGAAAUAUAUUCCUGAAGACCCAAGAUGGAGCUGAUCGGAGGGCUGACUUCAUUCAAACAGAGGCCAUUAGGAUUUUACGUGCACAAAGCCCACCUAGUGGCUACUACCCUGGCGGCUCGUUCCAAAGUGCGGUGAAUGUGACACCUGCCUUUUUUGGUGAUUCGGCAAUGGAUGAGCGCAAAGAUCGGUUAACAAAUCAUGAUACCCCUUUUCUUUACAACAUCUUGGUUGGAACGUUGGCGGGACCUGGAGCUGACGUUUUCACACUUGACAAGCUGGAUGCCGACAAUCCUCCAGAACAAUAUAUUUCUCGGGCUAGCACAACAGAUAAUGCGCUUCAAGAUCCAUCAAAUAAGAGCUCUGACUUGAGUCCUGACGAGGCUGAGGAGUUGAUGUAUGAGGGUGAUGUGAUCUCCACUUCAAACCCUGCACUUCAACAUCGGCAGGCACGCUCCGCUCAGACGGCUUCGGUUAUAUGCUCAAUGAUGGCAUUUGCGCGAAACCGACGACAUAAUGGCCUGCAGCUGGCCAACUCAAUUCGCUUUGUAGCUUGUGGGGUAUCGGAAACCAUCAAUGAGUAUCUCCAUUACAUGGGAUUGACAUCUUCUCGUAAGACAGCACUGGUGGCUCUACAAUCUUUAGCUCGAGCGGCAGCCAACAAAAUUGUUCACUCAAUGGCCGUAAUGGACCGUCUGGCCCCUCCACUAUGUAUUGAUAAUCUGGACAUGGAGGAACGCGUUCACCUGGCCUCCAUCGGGACUCAAAACCGGAUGUUUCACGGAACAUGGGGGUACAUUCAUGUUCCCUCCCAAGCGCUUUGGGAUUCUCUGGACCCAAGCGAAAUGACCCUCGAGGCAUAUCACAACUCUCUCCGUCCACUAGCCAACUUGUCAAUCGAACCAUCAAUGUUCUUUCCAACUGAUAGCGAGGACUACAUGUUUGUGUGGAAAAGUCAGCUGGCCAGUGUGAUGCUCAAGUAUGUGGCGACUCCAGCCAACCGUGAGGGAAUGAUUGCAACGGAACCUCCAAUCGUGGAGCAGAUCAGCUUCGAGGCCCCUGAAAUACACAUGCUCAGGUUGAUGGACGAAUCCGACAAUUCGGCAGAGGGAAUUGGGCAAGUCAUGGAAGCCUUGCAGCGUCAAUCAGGGCUGGAUCCUGAGGAGUUCUUUGGUCGAUUGCAGCUGAUGGAUGGUGAUCUGGGAACAGCCCAGAUCUUUAAUGCAAUCCGAUCACUUCGAAGCCCAAGUGAGCAUUGCGAGCAUCAUCUAGAUAACGUCACCUUUACGCUGGGGGCCUCCCACACUCUUUGGAAUAUUUCUCAGUCAAUUCUCACAAAGCACUUUGGGAAUUCAGAUCAGAUGGAUGACCUGGGUGUCUGGCGAUAUCUGGAUGCCCUAGGGAUUCCCCCAGAAAAGGUAAUCCAGAAGAAGGACUAUACUAAGAUGAUUCAAGCAAUGACACACGUACAUGAGGCAACUAUCUAUCAUUGUCUCCGGUCGGUCAUGGAUAUAGAUGGUGAUCCAAUUACCGAAACACUCCCAGUCCUCCCCACCGCCGCAUGGAACAGCAUUGUGGACAAAUGCUACGAUAAAUUCUGUUCACCCGGUGCUCGCCUGGCAGCCUCCAAGCGCAAUUGUGCAAAGUUGUCUAACUUGCUCAUACGACUACAGGAUUUUUCGACGGUGGUUGAAGCUAAUCGAGCCAUGAAGGCUGGGGAUCUCAUGCGACACAAUCUCUUGGUCUCUCCCAGUGGCCGACCCAAUCACUUUGUCCCCAAAGACUUCUUGCUUGAAAACCACAACUAUUGGCUGAAAUUCUUCUACACCCGAGCAGGCAUUGGUACUCAAAUUGAACGCCUCAAAAAGCUGUUCUCAUCAAAUAUCCCCUUGGUAUAA